AUGGGUCAAGGGUUUUCGCUGGCCACGCCCUCGGCGGGGUCGGCUAGCAUCGAUGUGCCGGAACUGGGUGAUCUAGUGUACGAGAAGAGCAUAGGGAACGCGAGAUUUAUGAAGAGUGUGAGAGCACGGCACCACGAUGGUGUCGUGCUGGUCAAGAUCCUCGUGAAGCCGUAUACACCCAUGCCGCUGGAGAAGUAUAGAAAGGAAAUUAUAGAACAAAGAAAGGCCCUCGCCGACGUCCCGAAUGCGCUACCGUUCCAGCGAGUCAUCGAGACCGAGACCAACGGUUAUCUAGUGCGCCAAUACAUGUACAGCUCUCUCUACGACCGGAUAAGUACACGGCCGUUCUUGGAGGAUAUCGAGAAGAAGUGGCUAGCCUUCCAGCUCCUCUGCGCCCUGCGUGACUGCCAUGCGAGGGAUAUUUACCAUGGAGAUAUCAAGGCGCAAAAUAUACUUGUGACGUCGUGGAACUGGCUGUACCUUACAGACUUCUCGUCGGCGUUCAAGCCCAUUGUGCUGCCGGACGACAACCCCGGCGACUUCACCUACUACUUUGAUACGGCAGGGACGUCCAAGGCGGACGAGAAGCUGACCUGGGCAAUGGACGUAUUCAGCGCCGGAUGCGUGAUUGCCCAGCUCUUCCUCGAAACCGAGCUCUUCACCCUUAGCCAGCUUUACAAGUAUCGAAAUGGCGAGUACGACCCGACCAUCACGGCGCUGAGCGUGAUCCCGGAUAAGGACGUGCGGGAAAUGAUUUCGCACAUGAUCCAACGCGACCCGGAGAAGCGGUACUCGGCGGAGCAGUACCUCGAGUUUUGGAGGAGCAAGGUCUUCCCCGACUACUUUUACAACUUUCUCCACCAGUACAUGGGCCUCGUCACCGACCCUUCGUCGGGGAACAACUUUGAUAAGAUUGCCUACUUCCUCGGCUACCAAGACGACAAGCGCGCAUCCCAGGCCCCACCCGUCUCGCCCAAGCUAGCUCUCGAACAUUUCCCUGACGACGGUACCCUCAUCUUCGUUACCCUCGUCGUAUCCUCUAUCCGCAACACCGCUCGCGCAGCUUCCAAAAUACGUGCCUGCGAUGUGCUGCUCGCCUUUGCGGAACGGCUUACGGACGAGGCGAAGCUGGACCGAGUGCUGCCGUACCUCGUGUCUCUGCUGCUGGACAAGGCUGACAUUGUAGUCAUCUCGGCCAUACGGAGCAUCACGCAACUGCUGCAGAUGGUGCGCGUGGUGACGCCCAUCAAUGCGCACGUCUUUGUCGAGUACGUCCUACCACGGUUCCAGUCCGCCUUGUACUCGACCUCGGCCCACAAGCCAUCGCCUAGCCCGCUGGUUUCUGGAGAUGGCGGCGUCGCUCAAGGGGAUGGGUCCUUUACCGUGGCCGAUCCCGAGGUAGAGCCUGGGGCCAAGGCGGAGGCAGCCUUCGGCAGCCUCUUUGAUAACGCGCAGAGGCAGCUCUUUGAGCUUUUCGAGUUCCACGCCAAGGCGCUCGUGGAGGACUCGGACGUCUACGUGCGUCGGGCCUUUUUGACUUCGGUUCCGGAGCUGUGCGUGUUCUUUGGGCCCGCCGAGGCCAACGAUAUUCUACUCGCGCACCUCAACACGUACCUCAACGACCGCGACUGGAUGCUCAAGUGCGCCUUUUUCGAGGCGAUUGUAGGCAUCGCGGCCCUGGUUGGGACCAGCAGCCUCGAAGACUUUAUCCUGCCUCUGAUGACCCAGGCGCUGACGGAUACGGAGGAAUUCGUAGUGCAGGCCGCGCUGCAUUCGCUAGCGCAACUGGCGAACCUGGGCUUGCUGUCGAGGGCCAAAACGUGGCUACUUGUGGACGUGAUUGGGCGAUUUACUAUGCACCCGAAUCUGUGGAUCCGCGAGGCGGCCGCCGACUUCCUCGCGUGCGCGACCAAAUACCUCAACCCUGCCGACAUACAUUGCAUCGUGCUGCCUAUGGUCAGGCCGUACCUGAAGCCGGGUGUCAUCCCGCGAUUCACGGAGCUGGAGCUGCUGGACGCCCUGCAGCGACCGCUGCCGAGAUCCGUGUUUGAGCAGGCGCUCGUGUGGGCGGCCAAGUCGGACAAGGGCAUGUUUUGGAAGCCGCUGAACCAGCUCCGGAACCUGGCCUUUACCACGCUAACGUCGCGCUCGUCCCGAGAUCUCACGGGCCAUGGGGGCUCGGCAAGGCUGAGCAAGCUCAAGGAGAGGUCGGCUGCUGCCGCGGCGAACGGUGGCGGCGCGGGCGAGGCCGAGCCCGUCGCGUACAACGAAGCCGUGUCGCUGCAGAGCCUGGGCAUCACGCCGCAGACGGUCUUCUUCGACGAGAAGCCGCUCUUGCCGGGGGCUAGACGCGCCGUCACCCACGGACCCGAGGGUGCCCGCAAGAAGGCGGCGUUGAACGCGCACAAGUCGCGCGGAAGUAGUAACACGGCCUCUCCUCACCCGCAUGAUCGGCGGGCGCUAUCGCCGCUGGGGGCUGGGGCUGGGGCUGGGGCCGCGGGCGGACGCCGGGACUCCAGGGAGUCGGCGCGUCGGAUACCGCUGCUGGUGGGUAGGCUUCUUAGCGGAAGCCCCGUGGAGGGCGCCGUCAGCGUGGCGGGCGGCGACGACGACAACUUGUCAGUCAGCGACGCGCCGUACGCGUCGCGGAGGGUGAUUCGGUCGCAGUCGAGCGCACUGAGUCUACUCGACCGCAAGGACAGCAACAAGACGAUUGCGGAGACGUCGACGACGGAGACCAACGCGUUUGGACGGGUCGAGGGACCGUUUGCGCAGGUGCCCUCGCAUCGAACGGGCCCGGCGUCGGAUACGCUGAGCAGCACGCCGGGGUCGGCAUCAGCCAAGGUCAAGGCGAACCACUCGUACCAAGGCAAUGACCCUAGCAUCCUCAAGAUGCUGGACAACAUGUACGUGGACAAUUACCCGCACGACAUUAUCGAGUUUGGGCCGGUGGUGCAGCCCAUCGCGCGCAAGAAGAUUAGGGUGGGAGGUCAGCUGGCAGAGCCGUGGCGGCCGGCGAGCCGACUGGUGGCGACGUUUUCGGAGCACCACGGGCCCAUCAACCGGGUGGUGGCGUCGCCGGACCACGUCUUCUUCGUGACCGGCGGCGACGACGGGGCUGUCAAGGUGUGGGACACGGCGCGGCUGGAGCGCAACAUCUCGCACCGGUCGCGGCAGACGCACCGACACGCGGCGGGGUCGCGGGUGCUGGCGCUGUGCUUCAUCGAAAACACGCACUGCUUCAUCAGCUGCGCGAGCGACGGCAGCGUGCACGUGGUCAAGGUGGAGACGACGGCGUCGUCGGCGGGGUCCAUGGGCGGCGGAGGCGCGGUGCGGUACCCGAAACUGCGGCUGCUGCGGGAGUACCAGCUCCCGGCGGGUGAGCACGCGGUGUGGGUGGAGCACUUCAAGGCGGACACAAACUCGGUCAUGGUGCUGGCGACGAACCGGUCGCGGGUGCUCGGCAUCGACCUGCGGACCAUGACGCUGCUGUACGUGCUGGAGAAUCCGGUGCACCACGGGGCGCCGACGUGCUUUUGCGUGGACAGGCGGCGCAACUGGCUGUGCUUGGGGACGUCGCACGGGGUGCUGGACCUGUGGGAUCUGCGGUUCAAGAUGCGGCUCAAGGGGUGGGGUAUCCCCGGCGGGGGCUCCAUCUACCGGCUGUGCAUCCACCCUUUGAAGGGGCGGGGCAGGUGGGGGGUACGGGCGAUGGCGGUCGGCACGGCGCUGGGCGAGGACUCGCGGGACGUGCGGCACGCCUUCAUCGUGACGGGAGGCUCGGACAAGAAGCUCCGGUACUGGGACCUGUCGCGCAUGGAGAACUCGGUGGUGUAUAGCGGGCUGCACGUGGACGAGGCGAGGCCGAGCUUCGCGGCAAGUCACCCGACGGCGGCGCUGACGCUCAACACGGAGCGGAUCGGCGGCGGCGGCGGCGCACACGGCCACCCUCAGCAGCAGCAGCAGCAACAGCAAGGGAACGGCAAAAGCAAGGGCAAGGCGGCGCGGAGCACGGUGAUUUCGAUGGAGCAGCAGCAGUUGCUGCGGAGCCAUCUCGAUGCCAUUUUGGACGUGGCGCUGUUGGAGAGUCCGUAUACGAUGACGGUGUCGGUGGAUCGGUUGGGGGUGGUGUUUGUGUUUCAAUAG